AUUACUGAUGUGGCACUUUAUCUGCAAGUGAUUUACCCACAGGAACAACAGUAUUGUCCCACUACAGAUCCCAUUCAGUGAGCGCAUUUCACUUUAAAACAUUUUCCCUCUUUGUAGACACUGGCAGGGCAGUGCUUCUGCCGCCAUCACCUCCAGCGACCGUGGCAUCGCUGUGCAGCUUCAGUGUUCCGAUGGGGACAGAGGCCGCCUCAGCAAAAGGAAGGAAAGAGGGGCCCUUGACCUCACCGGCAAUGAAGCCACCCCCCUGCCCAGAGGCAGAAACCGAGACAGAGGAGGAGAAGGCCAAGCGUCUGCUCUAUUGCUCACUCUGCAAGGUGGCCGUCAACUCUGCCUCCCAGCUGGAGGCCCACAACAGCGGUACGAAGCACAAGACAAUGCUAGAGGCCAGGAAUGGCAGCGGAACCAUCAAGUCUUUUCCCAGGCCGGGGAUCAAGGGGAAACUGGCACUACCCUCCAAGUCAGCCACAGGUCUGCAGGAUAAGACGUUUCACUGUGAGAUCUGUGACGUGCACGUCAACUCGGAGACACAGCUCAAACAGCACAUCAGCAGCAGGCGGCACAAAGACAGAGCAGCAGGGAAACCGCCCAAACCUAAAUACAGCCCCUACAGCAAGAUUCAAAGAGGGCCGAAUGGGCAGUCAGUGAAGGUGGAGCUAAGGAAAGACCUGGGGCAGACUCUCACAGCCAGGAUGUUACCCAAUCACUUGCAGGUGGCGGUCGCUGCUGCGGCGGCCGCGGGGCCCCCCUUUCCUCUGCGGUCCAACCACGCCGCCACGAUCUUUCAGACACAGACCCUCCCCACGGCACUGCUCCGCCCUGCCCCCGGGCCCAUCCGGACCUCUCACACACCCGUCCUGUUUACUCCUUACUGAUACACAUGUGGAAUGCUUGCCAUGCCUGUGGGACCUGUGGCCUAAAGGCAUCACGGGGCCCUCUCACCAGGCUGCUGAGCUACCUGCCAACCCCUACUGCAAUCCAUUUUGACUGCAACUCGAAUGGACUGCCGUCUACUCACAUACUUGGCUGUUGGCGGCCCUUAUUUCACCAUUGGGCGCUGAGGUGGCUUGGACUCUUGCAUUAUAAUGUGCUGCAAUAAUUUAAAGGCAAAACCAGGGAACUAUGCAGUGUUAUUUCUGACUGACACCAAGGAGAGAGGCUGGACUGGAAAUGCUAAAGGGACUGGGGAUUUCACAGGUGUUCCACAAUGUUUCACCAGGACCAUUCUUUCAGUAGAAUUAAGUGAUUAUAACAGUGAUGUUAUCAAUAAUGACAAUGAUGAUGAUGAUAAUAGAUUUAGAGUGCUUAAAGAACCUCAUGUUGCUGUGCUGUUUGCACUAUAACUCCUCCCCAUGGAUAUCUUCAGAGCAGAGGUCAGAAAUAUGUAAUUCACAGGGCAUUAACUACUGCGUGUGUGCGUGUAUGUCUGUGGAUGUGUGUGUGUGUG